AUGGGAUUAACAGAUAAAAUUCAAAGUAAGCUCGGAGGAAAUAAGGAUGUAAGUGACCUUGACAAGCAGGGAGGUUCCUUAAUUGGAAAAGAAAACAUUUCAGGCGAGAUUAGACAACAAUACAAAGAUGGAAAUAUUUCUAAAGAACAAGCUCAAAGAUAUGCCGACAAUUUAGACAAGCAAGGUGGUAAGUACGCUGGUAGAGAAGGUAACCUUUCAGGAACUGAUUCUGGUAUCGGAACUAAGUACUUAGGUGGAAAGUCAGGUACCACCGCUACAGACGGCUCUGCAACCCACGGUACUGGUGUCGCAGGUACUCAAGGGGCUGGUACUACUGGAACUACUGGUACUACCGGUACUACUGGUACUACCGGUACUACUGGUACUACUGGUACCCACGGUACUAGCUCUUCUGGUACUCACUCUGGCGCAGGCGCUGCUGGUGCUGCUGGUGUUGCUGGUGUUGCCGGAGGUGCUGCUUAUGGAUCUAAUCACAGUUCUGGUAACCAUGGCACCUCAUCUGACACAUAUGGUGCUCAAACAGGCUCAGGUUCGGGAUACGGUACUUCAGGUUACGAUGCUACUGCUAAGGGAACUUCUUAUGAUUCUACCGGCCAAGGUGCUCAUAAUCCUACUGGAACUCAUGGAACAUCUGGUACCCAUGGAUCAACUGGUGCUUAUGGAACAUCUGGUACCCAUGGAUCAACUGGUGCUUAUGGAACCUCUGGUACUCAUGGAACCUCUGGUACUCACGGAACCACAGGUACCCAUGGAUCAACUGGUGCUUAUGAAUCUGGAACUCGUGGAACCACUGGUACUCAUGGAAGUAGCUCAGGUUAUGGUUCCCAUGGUACUUCAGAUCAUUCCAAGAGUCACUCUGGCUCAGCUGCUCUUGGUUCUGGUGCUGCUGCAGGUACAGCAUACGAAGGAUUGCAUGGUGACUCUCAUACAGACAAGUCACAUGGCUCCAAUUACACAACCUCUUCGGGAUCUAACUAUAACUCCGCCUCAGGACACAAAGGAUUUACUACAGGAAACACUACUUUAGAUUCUAAGAUCUCUUCAUUAGAUCCUCAUGUUCAAGAGCAGGCUAAAGAAGCAUUUCAUAAAGGUUAUAAGGAUGCUCAAUCAGCAUUCAAGACAUAA